GAGUUUCACAUCCAUGCAAUUGGUUUUAAGGCUGUGUCAGCAGAAGGCGUGUUGUGAUUGAGUGUAUUAGGGAAAAAGGAGGAGGGCUGGUGUCAUUGUCAGUCCACUAUUCAUCUCUCCAGCUCUAAACAUGCUGCUGUUGCUCCUACUGCUGCUCUCAUUUACAGAUGAUGGCCAGGCUGAGCAUGUGAUUGGUCAGAGGAACAAUGGCUCGUGUGUGUGCGAGGUAAACUUAAGCAAGUGGUCAUUCCCAGCUGUGAAGUACGAGGCUGUGCUGCAGCAGGUUCAGUCCUGUGAAGGAUCUUUGAACAACCUGCAAGAACAGGUGAAUUUGUCAAAUCAGCGUCUCCCUCAGAUCCAGGCUCUGGUUAAUAAUGUGACAGCUCGGCUAGAGCCUUACCAGUAUCUGCACUACCAGGGUCUGUACACAUCCUUGUCUUUGCGUCGGUUAGGACAGGAGCUCAGCCAGCUGGAGACAGAUGUCGGUGCCAUUCACAGCCAGUAUAACAACCCCCAAACACAGAAACUCUCCAAAGAGGUGGGUAAACUGCGUAAAGAUGUAGACAGGAUGACAACAUCAGACACAAUCAACAUGAAGACUGUCAGAGAGAAACUGCGCUACCUGAAGAACAGUGCUGAGUCCUGCAAGUCAAUCCCCAAAGACUUCAGAGGUCAGGACAGGCACUGCCUCAAGGGUCUCAUCAAAAACAUCAGUGAUCCUACCACGACUAAGAUCAGUCCAUAUGGUAAAAGCUACAUCUCUGGUUCAUGGGGCAGACAAGCCCAGAUGGACAGCGAAGGGCAGAGGAGCAGCUUCUGGGUUCAGCCUCUGCUCAGUGACCACGUCCGGGGAAACACUCUGCGCGUAUACCAAACCUACGAAGACUUCAUGGCCUCUACCAACCACAGGGACUAUACCUUUGCGUCAUCAUACACCCACGCAGACGCAAUCGAGGGUCCCAGUGCCGUCUUGUACGGUGAGGCACUGUACUAUCACUGUUACCGCUCUGCAGAUAUUUGCCGCUUUGACCUCAACACCAACAGUGUCAAACGGGUAACACUUCCUGGCACCGGAGUGGGUUUCAACAACAAGUUCCCAUACUGUUACUAUGACUGCCGUGCCAAUAGUGAUGUGGACGUGGAGGCAGAUGAAACAGGACUAUGGGCCAUCUAUGCCACUGUCGGUAACCAUGGUAAUCUAGUGGUGAGCAGGUUAGUUUGGGACAGUGAAGCUAAUACACUCAAUGUCACACAGACGUGGGAGACGAGGCUGUUCAAGAAGGCAGUGAGCAAUGCUUUCAUGGUGUGUGGUGUGCUGUAUGCCAGUCGUUAUGUGGAUGAAUACCACGAGGAGGUUUUCUACGCCUUCGACACAGCAACAGGCAAAGAGGACAACUCUCUAAUACUGCCUCUGGAGAAGGUAGCUAAAGGAGUGGCCAGUCUGAGCUACAACCCCACCAACAAAGAGAUCUACAUGUACAAUGACGCAUAUCUACUGGCCUACCAGGCCCACUUCUGAUCUGAGCCCACUAUAACUGGCUAUUUAUUGCAAUUUCCAUGUUUGCUGAGUUCAUAUAUCAGUUACAAUAAGAAAAGAGCAAAUCUGGAAACAGCCCACCUUAUAGGCUAUUCUAAGCAACAGUAUCAUUGGUUAGCAAAUGACAGCAACUGGCUAUGCAAGCACUAAAGACAUUUCAUACAUGUAACAAAUGUCCUCUAAUGUAGUAACACUGUAUGGUAUAAUGAAGAGAAAUCAACAAAAAGCAAAUGAUAUAAUAAAGAUUUCAAUAAAAAUGGUCAUUUUCA